AUGGACUUUGCAGACACAGGAAAUGAGGGGGGCGUGUGUUGGGUCGUGAAUGCAGCCCUCACAGUGAAGUCUAUAAGCAACAGCUGGAUCAGCAGUCCAGCCUUGUCCCUCCGCGCCGCAGCUCAAAGUGAAAAGGUGCAAUGCUCCGCCGCCGGUCCAGUGGGCGUCCUACACCCUGUUCAGGGUCUGCUGGAGACGUUUGAGGCAGGUCCAGGCUGUGCUGCUAGACAACACGGGAACAAGGAGACUCAUGUGAUUGCUGUGGGGAGAGUGACGGUGUUGCUGAAGCCGUUGUCUCUGUCCCUGUCACCGCUCAGAGUUCUCCACCUGCUGCUCAGCUCCAAGCUCCCAGUCAGCUGGUGGCUGGAGGCUGAGAGGCUGCCCCCCAACCUCCCAGUGCUGGUGCAGGUGUCCUCAAACUCCAGCGUACAAUCCCACACACUGCGUCUGCAUGUCCACACGGUGCCUUUGUUACCUUUUCGCCCACGAGCGCUGCACCGCUGGGCUCUGAAGCACUACGGCAACCUGUCCUCUCUAACACACACAACACACGGCAACCGGGUCUACGUCCGACUGGGAGAAGAUCCAACGCAGCCUGUGGUGUGCCAGCUACAGUCCAUGUUCCUCUCUCACAACUACUUGACCUCUGACCUGCAGCCACAGGAAGUGCAAGGCUGUGUCCACACUGCAGCAGGUGGGAUCGGCCCUGAAGUCCAUGUGAUCAAGCUGCAUUCUGCGGGAUCAGGGCUGUGUGGCUCUCUGCAGGUGGAGGUGAUUGUCUCUCUUGUGCCCCCGGUGGCCGACUCAAAGGCGCAGAAGGUUGUACUGGUUCUCAGCAGCUCGGUGCCGGUCAACUGGGCCAUUGUUGCUCAUGGUGUCCAGGGUCAUAUCUCUGUUCAUUCCUCCAACAGCGUGUCCCCACCCUUCCCUCCUGAGCCUGACCUGACCCUGUCCAGUAUGCUGAACUCUGACCUGUCCACCAUGUCUGACCUUCUCGCCUGGGCAAGUGAAAGCGGCUACACCAAGGUGACCUCAUACACUGAGGCUGACCUGGCCAAUCGCUUUGUGAUCCAGCUGCCAUCACAGUACGUGCUCGCGGCGAUGAACCCUCUGGUUGUGAGGCCUCCCUGGGCCGAGGAGCACAGGCUGAGGCAGUGGCUGAACGCUGGAGGCAGAGCGGGAGAAGGCCGAGAGAGUUUCACAGUGCAGUGUGAGGAUGGACGCCUCAGCGUGACCGUGGACCAACACAUCCUGCAGAGCUUGUCUGUCCCAGUGGCUGUCGUGACUCUGCAGGACCCGACGUGCCAGGCUCAGUCCAAUGGGAGCCAUUUCCUGUUGAUGUUCCCAGUCAUUUCCUGUGGGACUGAGGGUCUGCUCCUGGGACAGCCCAGAGGGGUGCAGUACAAAAACAUGAUCUUAUUGUGGAGGGACAAGCCUCAGACCGUCCUGGCGCUCGAUGAGACGGAGAGGAAGUCCAAACGUCCACUCGGCAUACAUUUUAGCUGCUUGGCUGCAGUCCCCAGCUCCUCCGGCCCUGCUGCAGAUAAUGUCGAUGAGACGAACAGUCCUCAGGCUGGGCUCUCCCCCUGGACACCAGGGGAUCCAGGGCCUGAUCCAGGACGGAGCCACCUCCCGACACCCAGACACAGAUCUGGGCCCGUUCUUAUUUUAAGACUUUUCGUCACCGAGAAUUACGAGCAGAGGCUGAUCGGCCCCUGUGUCAUCACUGCAGGCCACCGCGUCUAUGUCGAGGUCUGUGUUUCAGCCAAAGGACCCCUCACAGAUGUGGUGGAGGUGAAGUCAUGUGUCGUCUCUCCUCUGUCAGACCCAAAGAAAUCUCCUUUCUGGACCGUCAUAAGCGACGGCUGCUCCUCAGACCCCUCGCUGACCCUCAGCGCAAAGACAAAAGAUGAAGACGAGGAAGAGGAGGAAGAUGACGGCGACCUGGACGAGGAAGAAGAAGAGGAGGAGGAAGAGGAAGAGAAAGAAGGAAUGGAGAACGAAAGAAUCAAUCACAGAGAUGGAGAUGUCUCGCUCCGACAUAAAAUCGGAAGGAGGAGGAAGGAAAAGAACCGCACAAGCAUGGGAGCAGAGCAGGAGAUGCAGCUGUUGAGAUUCAGUUUUAUCCUGCGACCGGUUCAUAAUGACUCCAUGCAGUUCCUCCACUGCAGCCUUCGUAUGUGUGUCUCUGACUCGACCAGAGGGGAACCCAUGAAGGAAUCAGCGAGGAAUGAGUGUCAGGGCGGACUGCGUAUUCCACCGCUUGUAUCUAAGUCCCCCAAACAUCAGUGUGAGAUCAGAAACCUGUCCAGGCCCAUGGUUGUCACCCAGUCGAUCAGCUCUCUGGCACCCAAACUGCCGAGGCCUCCUGCUGGACAAAGAACCAAGAGGCUGAGUGUCUCUCCACUGGCCAGUCCGGACCCAAAGCACAGCAGCUCUGUGGUGCAGGCAGGAUCAGUGUUGGGAAUUGUCUUUACAGCCUUUAUGAUGGGUGCCAGCCUGAUGGGAGGGCUGUGGUGCAUCUACAACUAUACAGCGGCGUAUCCAGCAUUAAUUGGAAGAGAAAGUCAUUUAACUGACCAGAGCCAUGGAGGCCACAACACCUGGAAUCCACUGUCACAGUCUGAUCAGUCGUCCAGCUCGGUGUAGAGGAUUUCCUCCGGCAAAUCUGAGAAAGGAGAACUGGGACAGAGGUUCUAACAACUUGUGUGUGAGCGAGCACAGCUG